GUAUGCUUUGGGUAUAAAAAGAAGGGAGACCGAAAAGAAAUGGCAGAAUCUCCAAGAGAAGCGAACUCAUCGUUGAUGGCCUGUUCGUUGGGUCUGUUACGGAUUCGGGUCAAACGAGGCGUCAACCUUGCCGUUCGUGAUGUCCGAAGCAGCGACCCUUACGUUGUUGUUAAGAUGGGUAAACAGAAACUGAAGACUCGUGUGAUAAAGAAGGAUGUUAAUCCUGAGUGGAAUGAGGAUUUGACUCUUUCCGUAAUGGAUCCUAGUGUUCCAAUAAAACUGACGGUGUAUGACCAUGACACUUUUACCAAGGAUGACAAAAUGGGAGAGGCGGAGUUUGACAUCAGGCCUUACGUAGAAGCCUUGAAACAGGAUUUCGAAGACAUCCCGAGUGGAACCACCAUAUCCCGAGUGCAACCCUGCAGGACAAACUGCCUGUCUGAAGAGAGCGCCAUUAUGUGGGUCGACGGGAAGGUCGUGCAAAACCUUUGCCUCCGAUUGAAAAAUGUGGAGUGCGGUGAACUGGAAAUUCAACUUAACUGGAUUGACCUUCCCGGGUCUAAAGGUGUUUGAAGUUCAAAAAAUGCCGUAUCGAUAUGUUUCACUCAAGGUUCUGGAGCUUCCAGUACCAGAUGCCUCGUUAAUUUCGUGCUGAGAACAGUCUGAAUACGUAGUCAGAUCUUUUUAUAGUAGCAGCUGAACUUGGUUCAUAUAUAGGAUUGAACAAAUUUUGGUAAUUGUCUCAUCAUUUAUACCCUAUUGAGGCCAUUACUUUUUGUACAAUUUAAUUUUCUCAGCUUCUCUUUGAGAAGCUUUUCCUUGUUAAACAUUCUUCAAUGCAUAUUUAUCAUGUCUGUUUCAUACCCA